AUGUCACCUUUGAAAAAGACAAUCCCUGAAUUUUUAACUCACUUAAAAUCGUUGCCAAUUUCGAAAAUUGCAACCAACAGCGUGUUGACAAUAUGUGUUGGUAACGAAUCAGCAGAUAUGGAUUCAAUUGCUAGUGCGAUCACUUUUUCAUACUGUCAGUACAUUUAUAACGAAAUCAGCAAUUCCGAAGAGAAAGAGAAGAAUGGCUUAAAUAUACCGAUUAUCGACAUUCCUAGGGAAGAUCUCAAUCUAAGAAGAGACGUAAUAUACGUUUUAGAAAAAUUGAAAAUUACGGAGGAGGAAUUAUUUUUCAUCGAAGAUCUAAAGAGCUUGAAAGAACAUGUUCCCUAUGGUACUAAAGUAAACUCCUACCUGGUCGAUAACAACGACACUCCGAAAAAUUUAAAGAAUUACAUAGAUAACGUCAUCGGUAUUAUAGAUCAUCAUUUUGAUGUGAAAAAGCACAUAGAUGCUGAACCUCGAAUUGUAAAAGUUUCUGGGAGUUGCUCAUCGUUAGUCUUUAAUUACUGGUACGAAAAAUUGCAAGGCGACCGUGAAGUGGUGAUGAACAUUGCCCCCCUUUUGAUGGGAGCCUUUCUGAUAGAUACUUCGAAUAUGGAGCGUAAAGUGGAAUCGAGUGAUAAGUUAGCCAUAAAAAGAUGCCAAGAUGUGCUUGAUCAUGCAGCCAAUGAAGUGUCUGCGCAAGGUCUACAGGACACCCGGGUGUUCUACAAGGAGAUGAAAUCAAGAAAGAAUGAUAUUAAAGGAUUUUCGGUAAGCGAUAUUUUAAAGAAAGACUACAAACAAUUCAAUUUUCAAGGAAAGGGAACCAAAGGCUUGGAAAUCGGUCUUUCAUCCAUAGUGAAAAGGAUGUCAUGGCUAUUCAAUGAACAUGAUGGAGAAGCAGAGUUUAUCAAGCAGUGCAAGAAAUUCCAAACCGAGAGGGGGCUCAAUGUAUUAGUCCUACUGACGUCAUGGAGGAAAGCUGGUGAUUCGCACAGAGAACUGGUUAUGUUGGGUGACCCUAAUGUGUUGUGUAAACUAAUCGAUAGAGUAAGCGAAAAGCUUCAACUGCAAAAAUUUUCAGGCAAACUCGAGGAAGGUGUAGCGAUGUUUAAGCAGUUGAACGUCGAAGCGACCAGGAAACAAGUCGUUCCCUAUUUGGAGGAAGCGUACUCAAAACUGGAAGGGUGA